CGACAAAAAAACACACAAGCUGAGUAGAUUGACUGGCUGUCAGUCUCACCUCAGUCCUCAAAUUGUGUGCUGCAACCAGAAAAGCUAUGACUGACAGGACAGAGCAGAUGAAGAACUGACAUGGCAUGACAUUGGAGGCUUUGAGAGAGAGGGCUUGUGAGCUGAGACAAGACGAGAUCUUCAGCUGGACAGGAGUCAAACUUCCUAACAGGGAGAAGAAACGGUGAACGGGAACAUCAGGAAGGAAAACAGCAGAUACCCUUGCAGAGAAAAAGAGAGGAUCCUGAAAGAAGAGAAAACAAGGGGGAAUUGACCGCUUGACUCUACAAACAUCAACCAGCAACUUGCAUCAUCAUGGACACAGACGCAGACAAUGGCCUCAGUCACAAAAUAGGCUCCUCGCAGUAUCAAGACACAGAGUUAUUCUCGUCUGAAGAAGACAGCAGUCUCUACUUCACCUACAGCGGAGGGUGCAAUGAGCUGGAGGUCAACAACCUGCACUAUGAGGUGGACACAGCGGCUCAGAUCCCCUGGUAUGAGAGGUUGUCAGAGUUCAAGCUGCCAUGGGAGAUAAAAGGAAACAAGCAGACGGCCAUCAACAAGCUCAGCCUACGAGUCCGCAGCGGACAAAUGCUGGCCGUCAUCGGCAGCUCAGGUUGUGGCAAAACGUCUUUGCUGGACAUCAUAACAUGUCGGGAUGAGGGCGGGACAAUGACGUCCGGCCAGAUUCUGAUUAACGGGAAGCCCAACACGCCGCAGCUCGUGAAGAAAAGCAUCGCUCACGUCCGCCAAGACGACCGCCUUCUUCCUCACCUCACCGUCCGCGAGACUCUCGUCUUUGUUGCCAAACUGAGGCUCCCCUCCCACUUCACACAGGCUCAGAGGGACCAGAGGGUGGAUGAUGUUAUCGCAGAGCUGCGGCUGCGACAGUGUGCACACACCAGGGUGGGAAACGACUACGUUAGGGGUGUUUCUGGAGGAGAGAGGAGGAGAGUCAGCAUAGCAGUCCAACUGCUCUGGAACCCCGGUAUUUUGAUCCUGGACGAGCCCACAUCGGGAUUGGACAGCUUCACAGCCCACAACCUGGUGAUCACACUGUCCCGCCUGGCCCGGGGAAACCGCGUGGUCCUGCUGUCAGUCCACCAGCCUCGAUCAGACAUCUUCCAGCUCUUCGACCUCAUCGUCCUGCUUUCGUCGGGUUCAGCCGUUUACUGUGGUGCUGCUCGUGAUAUGGUGCCUUACUUCACUGCACUGGGAUACCCAUGCCCACGAUACUGCAACCCCUCUGACUUCUAUGUUGAUCUGAUCAGUAUAGAUCGACGCAGUCCAGAGCAAGAGGCUGACUGCUUGGAGCGGGCCAGAGUUCUGGCCGAACACUUCAUGGAGAGGGUCAGAGACACAGAGGAUCACAUGUGGAAACCAGCUGGGACCAACACAGCCCCGACACAGACUGAAAGUCCUCAGCAGCCCAGCAGGGCGGAAGGAGAGGAGGUAGUCACUAUUUCCAAACAGAAAAACAGACUGCCUGGCAGGCUUCACCAAUUUACCAUCCUAAUCAGGCGUCACAUGUAUAAUGACUUCAGAGACCUGGUCACCUUAUUGGUCCACGGCUUCGAGGCCCUCCUCAUGUCACUGCUGGUCGGCUGUCUGUACUACGGGGCAGGGGAAAAGCGUCUGUCCAUUCAGGACACAGUGGCCCUCCUCUACAUGAUCGGAGCUCUCACCCCAUUUGCUGUGGUGCUGGACGUCAUAGCUAAAUGUCACUCAGAGAGAGCCAUGCUCUACCACGAGCUGGAGGACGGCAUGUACUCGGUCACCUCCUACUUCUUCGCCAAGGUCCUGGGGGAGCUACCAGAGCACUGUGUGUUCACCUUGGUCUACGGUCUGCCCAUCUAUUGGCUGGCGGGGCUGAACGAGGCUCUGGACCGUUUCCUGCUCAACUUCCUGCUGGUCUGGCUGAUGGUUUACUGCAGCCGAGCCAUGGCUCUGUUUGUAGCUGCUGCGCUGCCCACCCUGCAGACAUCAGCCUUCAUGGGCAACGCCUUGUUCACUGUCUUCUAUUUGACUGGAGGAUUUGUCAUCAGCUUUGAGAAUAUGUGGCUUGUGGCCUCAUGGCUCUCUCACGCUUCCUUCAUGCGUUGGGGUUUUGAGGGCAUGUUGCAGGUGCAGUUCAGGGGAAACAAGUACCCCCUCAGCAUCGGAAACAUCACCAUCAACGUUGACGGCAUACACGUGGUGGAGGCCAUGCACAUGAACCAGUACCCUCUGUACUCGUGCUACCUGGUCCUGCUGGCAGUCUGUCUAGGCUUCAUGGGGCUCUAUUACUUGUCCCUAAAAUUCAUCAAACAGAAGUCCAGUCAAGACUGGUGAAGACAUCUGGACCAGUUUCAGUAAUUAAACCAAACGCUAUCUGAAAUCACACACAACAUCAGAAGUCAGUGUUUGGAAGUUUUUUUUUUUCAGCAGUGGAAGGAAGUAAUUUGGGUUCUAGUGCGACUGGUUCGACACUGAGCUUUCCGCCAUUAGUUUUACUGUUCUUAUUAGGAUGUUUUACAGUGAAAAGGUUCUUAAUUCAGGGAAUAAAAGUAAAACAUAUGUAUUGUUAAUUGGAAUCUUUACAUUCUCACAAUAAUGUCAACACCAGAAGCUCCCGCACUCUUCUAAAUGGUAGGAAGGCAUGAAAUAUCCACCGUGGCACUUCAGCAGGGUGUAAAAGGUUUUGAUGUAUGAAAUAAUUAAUUCUGCAGUCCCUCUCAUAUUUGACCUAUCAAAACAAUCUCAACAUGUACCCAAUAUUUACAGUUUAAAUAUGGGAAUAAUUAGGGGGGGGGGGUUUACUCACUUUGUGUCGGGCGAAGAAGCAUUUGUUGCAGUACUGCUGUGUGCUGCUGGAUGGCAGCAGAGCACUGCAGUAACACCAAACUUUACUAUUUAAAUUAUGGAUUUUUUUUUUUUCCCCCUUUCCCUAUCUUCUCCUUCUUGGCGAAUGAUUAGAGUGCCACUUUGGUAGAUAUCCAUCUGCAGCUUUUGCUUGUUCCAUUUUCAAUCUUCUUUUUUUCUACAGCUUUAUCUUUUUUUUUGUAUAUGUAAGGUUGUUAGGCUUAACAAUGUGUGUGCCAGUAUAGGGAGCAUUGAAAAAAAGCCUCGUAGAGAUUUAGUAAGUCACACUCGGAAAGAAAAAAAGAGCUUGUACUUGUUGUGUCCUCAUAGAUUGAAGAUUAUGUAAGCUGUGUGUUUUUGCACUGGUGCAAAAGCCUGAUAAAUAUUUUAC